AUGAUAUAAGACGAUGUUGUAUGGAGGGUCAUAAAUCAUGGCCAUUGUUCAUUUAAAUCAAAAACUGUGACUUAGACUUUCUGCAGAAAUGAGUAUAAUCUAACUGGACUUUGUAAUAGACAUUCAUGUCCCUUGGCUAAUAGUAGAUAUGCUACUGUAUUAGAGAACAAAGGACAAUGUUAUCUAUAUAUGAAGACUAUUGAAAGAGCUCAUCUACCAAGUAAACUCUGGGAAAAGGUUAAACUGCCUAAAAAUUAUCAAAAGGCACUGGAGAUGGUCGAUGAGAAUUUAGAGUUCUGGUCAAAGUUCCAAAGACAUAAAUGCAAGCAAAGACUUACAAAGCUAUAUCAAAUGAUAAUAAGACAAAGAAAGUUACGUAUUAGUAGUAUGCAUACAUAAGAAAAAUUAGUGACGAUCAACAAGAAAUAUGAAAAAAGAGAAGCUAAUAGAGAAAAGGCUGCUGAGAAAGCUGCUAUGGUAGACAGAGCUAUUGAGAAGGAGCUUGUCACAAGACUUAAGAGUGGGACCUUUUAUCCAUAGGAAAUCUAUAAUCUUAAUAAAGAAGAGUUUGAAGAAGUCCUUGAUAAGAAUGAGGUGCCUUAGUAUGAGAUUGAUGAAGAUGAGGAAGAGGAAGAAGAAGAAAACGAAGAGGAAUAUGAGUAUGACUCUGAAUUAGACGAUGAUGAAUUGAAAAUGCUAGAAGAUGAGGAGGAAAAAGAUGAAGAUGAUAUCGAAGAAAUGGGACUCUAUGAUGAUGGUGAAUAAGGAGGUCUAUCAAAGAAGGGAAUCAAUAAAAAAUAAGUAGGCUAGAAAAGGCCUAAAGUUCAAAUAGAUUAUGAGGAUGAAGAUAAUUUGGAAUACGAAUUUGAAGAGGACAUUGCCCCAAAGAAGAAACUAACAAAUGAACUUAUAAAAGAUAGAGGCAAUAAAAGAUAGAAAACAGGGAAAAAUUCAAGAGCUUCAUUUGGAGGUAAAGGUGGCACUGUUGAUUUUUGA